AUGCCACGCAUCCCCUGGUUGGUGACGUCCAUUUUCAAAGGCACCUUCAUCGGUAUAGCCGGCGCCAUCACAAUAAAUGACCACUUCCUCGAAUACGUGACCAUCGAAGGCGUCUCCAUGUCACCCACCCUUUCGCCUACCUACCACGAAACCGGGNCAAAAGACUCCUUGCUCAUGCAAAAGUGGAAGCCUGCUGCAAACCUUGAAAGAGGGGAUGUGGUAAUGUUUAACUUGCCGCAUAAGCCUGAGAAGCUGGGGGUUAAGAGGGUGGUUGCGUUGGAGNGGGAUUGGGUGACUUUGGAUUGGAAAAGGCGGACCGAGGCUACGGACAAGGAAGGGAUGGUCUGGGAGGCUAUUGGUGAGGCAAAGGUGUUUGGAGUGGGCAAGAGGAAGUGGAAGGUCCCGUUGGGUCAUGUAUCUNCGAAAUCGUUGAUUGCAGGGAAGGCCAUAUGCUGUCUCUGGCCCUGGGAACGUUUUGGCGAAAAACAAUGGGCUGGUUACAAGAUCAAGACCAAGGUCGAUAAAGCCAAAGAGGUCGAUGUUGGCCAGUGGGAGAACUUAUACUGA